UAUUAAGUGUUUUUCCGCCGUAUUCGUGCGUGGUAACAAAUUUUCGUGGUUCGAGAAAUAGCAGCGGUACGCCAUUGUUGCAGUCGCGUUGGGUUUCGGUCUCUGCGGAUUUUUUCCGCCGAAUUUUAACGGUACGAACCUGUCUAAAUCUAACUUUCCGAUUUUCGGCGAUCUCCCAGCGGGUUUUACGUCUACGUGGAUGCACAUAAUCGCGGCGGCUAUGGACAAGCGGGUGGCGAAAAUCGAGUGACAGUUUCUAGGCGAGCGAUCGAAUGUUUUUCCGACGUAAACAAGAUGUUUGUUUGAUUUUUUGAAGGAUAACCUUAAAAUGGACGAAGUUGUCGGCGUUCAGACAGAUAAAAUCGCAACCUACGAGAAUUCCAGGACAAAGCGGUCAUUGGUCGACGGGGACGACUCGAAUAAUGAUCGCGAGUAUGCGACGGCCGGGUUUUACGUCCGCGAAAAAACCGCCCAGAAAGAUACCACCCUAAACAAUGCGGGAACGGACGUUGAAGAUAACAAUAAAUCCGAAUCUCCGAGUAUAUUAGAGAAUGGCGUUGGCGACGUUAAUAACGGCGGCACCCUGAAGAUCGCUGAUCCGGAAAAAUCCAGUAUGGACGCGGCAGAGCCCGAUCCAGGCACUCCGGAUGCAAAUGCCUGCGGCGAUAGCCGUACCUCCGAUAAGGAGGGUGCGUCCGACAGUGCCGAAGCGACAGCCGAUGCUGAUAGUGAAAAAGCCGCUGUUGACGCGGAAUUGCUGGAAAAAGACGACCCUUCCCAUUCGGUUAACCUCAAAGAAGUGACUGCUUCGGGUGUCGGAAAAGAGUCAGUUUGUGAACCGGGCAGUGAAGUGGAAACGUGUGAUGAAAAAAGCGAAGAAGUUGACUCCAAGGAGGUGGAGGACAAAAGUUCGUGUGAUAAAGGAGAAUUGGCAGGGGUCGAUGCUAUCGCGAUAAAGAAAACCGACGACUCUGAGGUUAUGGAAGGUGAAUCGGGUAGCAGGAAGAAGAAUUCCUCGAUUUUGAAGGAGCAUCUGACCAAGUCUUCCGGUUCGCGCGACGACGGGGAAGCGGAAGAAGAUAUGGAAAUGGAAUUGGAUCCGUCCCUGCUUUGUCCCGAUAUAUCGAUGGAUGUGGACGAGGCUCCGGUUAUCACCAACGAUAACGCGGCUAAUGAAGGAAACGCGAGCCCCCUGCCCUACGAAGCCACCUUUUCCACGCUAGUUGAUGAAGUUACCGGAGCAGAAGUGAUUUUCGACCUGACCGCAGAAGAAAUGGCGUUAAGGUCUCAGAUGUACGGCAAAGACAAUCCUGUGCAGAACACAAAAAUCCACUGCACCGCUUGCAACGUCCACCUGGGCAGCGCCUUAAACGGCCAGAACAACCGGUUCGUGCACCCUCUGCUGAAGGUGUUGAUCUGCAAGAACUGCUACCAUUUUUAUACGAGCGGCGAGUUCGAAAAAGACGAAGACGGCAGCGAACUCUAUUGCAGGUGGUGCGGCCAGGGCGGGGAAGUACUCUGCUGUUCCUCCUGCGAGUUCGUCUUCUGCAAGAGGUGCAUCAAGAACAAUUUCGGCCUGAAACGGUUCAAAGAGAUCCGGAACAGCGACGACUGGAACUGCUAUCGAUGCCAACCGACCCAGUUGGCCAGAUUGAGGGCCUCUUGUGCCGAAUUCAUCGACUAUUACCGCACGGAGCUCGCGCGUGUGUCGUCUCUCGCCGAAAAGAUGCCCGAACUGAUGACGACCGACUACACGGGGUGCAACGUUGUGUGCAAUAGUAAAACGCAAAAAAAAGAGAACGGAAAACCGUCACAGGAACCGAGAAAACGGAAGAGGAAAGACUCGUCCGACGAUCCGGACUACCGUCCUGUCGUAGAGGAAGAACCGCCUCGCAAAAGGCUAAAUCCGGUCGUCGCGCCCACCACCCCGAUCCAAAUAGCUCCCCGGCCCGCCAUCAUGGUCGCUAGACCGAUAGCGACCGCGGUGAACGCGACGCUCGUCAACAAGGGCCAACAACCUGGAACGUCCGGUCAGGUAUUCCGCGUUGGUAACACCACUUUCCGGACCAAGACUCCCGUUUCCGGAGGUCCGGGUUACACGGUGACCCGUCCCAAUCUCCAGGCCGGGCCUCGGAUCGCCGGUCCCGGUUACAUCAAGAUCCUGCCGCAUCGUAUGACGUCACCGCGUGCCCAGAUCGGUGGUACCGCAGCCGUCCCGGGCGCCGGCCGACCGAAAUUAACACCCGGAGUUCGACCGACGCAACCGAUAAGGGCGGGGCUCGUUCAACUCGCGCCCGCCAUGAAGCACGAGUGGUUCGAGAAGACCGUGAGGGCGGCGGCCCGGGUCAACUCGAACCUCUCCUAUACGCUGACGCAACUGAACAGGCAGCAGUCGCAGGCCACGAACGUAGAGGCUCUCGCGGUCGUCCACAACAAGUUACAGGAGGUUCUGAGCACCUCCAUCAACUCCCUGAUCCAAGUCCGGAAGAAUCUGAGGACGGAGUUUAUCGCGGGCAUCAAAAACUUCAAGUUUCCGACGAAACCGGCGGCGGCGGCCGUCCCCGCCCCUUCCGCCCAGUCUUCCGAUCCGAUUACGAUUAAAGAUGACGACGACGUCAUUUUCGUCAGCGCUCCAGCGACGACCGUCACUCAGACCAAUCCUCCGCCUCUGAUUUUGUCACCGAACGUUACCCUGACGAACGUCAAACGAGGGCAGGGAAUAGGGAAUUCCCCGACCCUAACCCUAGUGCCUACAACUACUUUGACAGCCGUCAGCAAGAGUCCUAGCCCUGCGCCUCCGCCACUUCGUGGCGGUUACCUGAAGGUCAAAUCGUUCUCCGCCCUACAGAACGUGUCGUCGGAUUGUAUCACUAUACCGGACGAUCCGCCCACCAAAAUACUGGACGAGAAAACCGGAAUGGUGAAGGACGUGGACGCGAUGGGAAAAAAGACCGACGCGGCCGUUGUUUCGGAAAAACAGACGGACGCGGCGGCGAAUACGUCGGAAAACAAGGCGGAAAAUGUUACGGAACACGAGAUUAGUCCGCGUCAAGACGGACCGCAAAAUGACGGCCCGGAAGUGCCGGAUUUCAGUAGUUUUUCUUACAAUAUAAACGACCCGCCGUCGCCCAUCGUCAAAAGGAUGUUGGCGGCGAUAGUGCAGGUGCAAAAGUCGCGAGCAGUCGAAGAAAUAAUUCGUGCGAAAGAGAAAUUGAAUAGUUAAAACGCCCCGCGCAAAACGAUAUUCUUUCCUUAAGUCUUUUGUUAAUAAAAUGUAC